AUAUCCAUCACUGCGUAUUAGCCACAGACACAACUGACUUUUAUGUCAGGCAUCUUGCAAAUGAAUUGCGCAUAUUUUAUCUUCACCAGCAGGAGUUAUGCAUUAGUGUUUGAUGAAUCAUCAUGCACAUCUGAUAUUUAACUUUGCAGUUUGUAUUAGAUCACAGUUAGAUCUUUAUCGUCAUUUUAAUGGCUGGGGAUGUGACGGAGGCAGUUUGGGAUCUGUCCUCUGCAGAAGAGUCCUCUCCGGUCUCUGAGCUCUCAUUCAGCCUGCAGAAGCUCCAGUGUCAGGAUAGUGUGACAGAAAAGAGCUGGACCCCCCGGAGAAAGCUUGUUUUGACACCUGAAUGGAUCAGUACACCGAUAAACACUCUCUCCAGGGAGAGAGAGACGCCAACAGUCUCUGCAGUGAGAAGACGAAGAGCAAGCAGAAGUCUUUCCCCUGAAUCCUCUUCAAACAAGGAGGUCCAGUCAAGACGUCUUCAGAGGGAACUUCAUGCUAAUAAGGAAAAUGAGCGAGCUGUUAAGAGACUGCGUGUGCGGCUGUCUAGCAGAUUUUCAAGUGCAUCGCAGAGGUCAGAACCAGCAUGUAGAAAUUGGAAACAAUACUGCAGUGAUCCAGAAGAUGAUGGCAGUUAUCCGAGGGAGAUGGAUGCGAUAGACCCAAUGGCUGCUGUGAAGUUCUGUAGAAUGAGGUCACACAGAAAAGCUCCACCCAUUAAUAUAACCGAGGCCGCCGUCGCUGACCUCACCCUCAUAGGGGACUUUAGUAAGCAACACUUACUUCCUGUUGAAAGUGUUGGCCAUCAAGAGCUUCACUGUGUCAGUGCACACACAGUGGCGUCGCUGAUCAAGGGUCAGUUUGGUCCGGCGGUUGAGGACUUCCUCAUCAUCGACUGUCGUUAUCCGUAUGAAUAUCAAGGUGGACAUAUUAAGGGAGCAGUAAACCUUUACACUGAAUAUCAGAUCCAGCAAGCUGUCGCCCAAGCAUUAGAAAGGGCUAAGCUUCACCCCACAGGAAGCUUCUUCUGGGGGCACCAGCCAUCUGACUCCGUUGCAAAAGUGGAGGGGUCAUCGCCACGGAAACUAAUAGUGUUCCACUGCGAGUUCUCAUCCGAAAGAGGGCCACAUCUGUGUCAGUAUCUGAGGAGGUUAGACAGAUGUCUAAAUGUGUAUCCAAACCUGCACUAUCCCGAGGUCUACCUUCUGUUGGGUGGUUACAAACACUUUCACAGCUGCUAUCCGGACAUGUGUGACCCCUGUGGAUAUGUACCCAUGCAUCACCAGGACUACCAGGGGCAGCUGCAUGGCUUUCGCAGGAGAAGACCCACACGUCAACGAAGAAGACGGCCGAUCAGAAUUCAUCAAAGGACGACACAAUAAACACGACUUUACUUAUGGACAUCAGCUGCAUCACAACUUGUAUACUUCUAUGCACUAAACCAGUGGCUAUCAAAUUGGGGGCCUUGUGCCAAGGGUGCCCCAGUUUUAUGACCUUUUAUAAAAUGCAUUAAUUUCUCGUAAAUUCUGUGUAAUUAAACCUUAGAAAAAUAAUGCUAUAAGACUCAGCAUUACAUUGUAUGAUGCAAUUUUUUUGUUUUGUUUAUUUACAAUUUUAAGUUUUUGAGAAAGUUUUAUGAAAAGCUGGUUUAAGCUAGACCAGCUUAAAAAGUGACCAAAACACAGCUAGACCAGCAAAACCAAGCUGGGAGACCAGUUAAAACCAGCUCUCACCAGCUUAUGCUGGAUUUUUCAGUAGGGCCGUACACUAGGGAGGUCGCACCAUGAAAAGUUUGAGAACCACUGCACUAAAGUAUGUACUUCAUUGCAAUCGGAAUAUGCAUAUGUAGGUAUGAAUUUAUUAUUAAAAAUAUUGGUAGUUGUGUCUAAAGGUUAUUUUAUUGUUAUCUCAGAAUGACGUGCACUAUGAUGUUACACACUGUAUAGUAUGCACUACUAUUAAUAAAGAAUGCAUUAGUACUAUCGAGGUCUUUUUCUUAAUUGCCAGUCAUAAACAAGACAAAAUAUCAACAAUAUGGUGGUAUAACAAUCUGUUGAACACAUAUUUAACAAAAAGACAAU